CGUUUCGUUCCAAACGUCAAAAGUGGAUGACUCGAUUUGUGACAAUUCAAAUCGCAAAAUUUUUCAGAGUUCAAAGUUUUUAAUAAAUAAUUGCAAAUAGUGACCAGUUGUUCAAGUUUUUCCGAUAGAAGAUAAACACAGAGCGUCGUACGCAACAUGACCGAACAGCAGAUGGACUGUGCCCUGGAUCUGAUGAGACGGCUCCCCCCGCAGCAGAUCGAGAAGAACCUGAUCGAUCUGAUCGACCUGGCCCCGGCCCUGUGCGAGGACCUGCUGACCUCGAUCGAUCAGCCGCUCAAGAUCGCGAAAGACAAGGAAACGGGCAAGGACUAUCUGCUGUGCGAUUACAACCGCGACGGUGACUCAUACCGCUCGCCGUGGUCCAACACGUACGACCCGCCCCUGGAGGACGGUUCGAUGCCGUCGGAGCGGCUCCGCAAGCUCGAGAUUGAAGCGAACCAUGCCUUUGACCAGUACCGCGAGAUGUACUACGAGGGUGGCGUGUCCUCGGCCUACCUGUGGGACCUGGACCACGGCUUUGCCGGGGUCAUCCUGAUCAAGAAGGCGGGCGAGGGCAAUCAGAAGACCAAGGGCUGCUGGGACUCGAUCCACGUCGUCGAGGUCCAGGAGAAGAGCUCCGGCCGGACCGCCCACUACAAGCUCACGUCGACGGCCAUGCUGUGGCUGCAGACGCACAAACAGUCGUCCGGAACCAUCAACCUGGGCGGCAGUUUGACCAGACAGAUCGAGCAGGACGCGCCGGUCAGCGAGAGCAGCCCCCACAUCGCCAACAUCGGGCGCAUCGUCGAGGACAUGGAGAACAAGAUCCGCAACACGCUGAACGAGAUCUACUUUGGCAAAACCAAAGACAUAGUCAACGGGCUGCGCAGCAUCCAGUCGCUGGCCGACACCAACCAGCAGGCCGCGAUGAAGAAGGACCUGGCGGCGGCUCUGCUACGGCGUACCGGCAAGGGCGAGAACUAAGGCGCGGCUCUCUCUCUCUCCCUUUUAUUCUAUUCUAACAAAAAAAAAGCAGAAGCGCGAGCAGGAUGGAACACAACCGAUAAUGAUAAUGAUGAUGUUUUCGAAUUAUAUGAUUUUUCCUUUUCUUUUAUUAAUCAAUCGUGUGCUAAAGAAGACGAAACGAACGAACAAGACGAAGACAAACAAAAACACAGUAGAAAAGCAGAACAAUGUAUCCCCGCAUCAUGGAAAAACCUUUUUUCGAAAUAAAUUUUUCACAGUUAAUUAACCGGAAGAAA